ACACUCGGGAUCAAUGAAAACCGACUUUGCCAUGAGAGAUCCGUUUUCAAUGCUUUUGAGUUUAGAAUAGAAAUUUUAUGGUGCUGUAGUGUAAGCCUAAAAUUAUUUCUGGUAAAGAUGUGGUUUAUUUCUUUACUUGUGGGGUGUGCCUCAGGCGUCAUGUUAACACAUGAUUGCCCGUACGGCGAGAACUACAAAUCGUGCAUGUUCUACGAGGAGUACACUUGCUGGACAAGCAACGACCACAAAGUGAGGAGUAGAACACCAGCCAGGAGGCUCGACCACUGCUGGGGCGGCUGCGUUUGCAAGCAUGAAACGGUACGUGCGUAUCCUGACGGACCGUGUGUGGCGGCAUACAGCUGCAGAGACCAAUACUUCAUGAAAACCCUGGCGAAGUUGCCCAUGGACUUUGUUUAUUUUAGAUAAAAUAAAAU